UAUUUUUGGAGAUUUUAAGGCAGUGGCGAGCGUAAUAAAAAUAAAGAAAAACUUAUAUUUUUAUUCUGAAAUUUCCAUUUUUCAUAGCAGCGGGAGCGCUAAUUGGUCAAAUAUAUAUAUAUAUAUAAUAUGUUUUUAUUCGAAAUUAUUAUUAGGGGGCGACAACAAAUAUAUUUGGCAAAUAGUUUUUACUUUAAGGAUGUGCGGGUAACGGAGAGCAAAAACAAAUAUUAGAUGAUCUGGGGGUGCGUCCAGGAACAUAAAUGUGGGUAAGCUGAUGAAUAUAUAUAGGUUGCUUAAACAGAAGUACUUUGAAAGUAAGUGUAAGUUUUGAACUUAAUGCGAAAAUAAAUGGGAAGCCAGUGGAGGUCGCGGAAAACAGGGAUGGUAUGUGAGAUGGAAGUUUUGUGAAUGUUAUAAUUCGUGCAGCGGAGUUUUGAAAUAGACCAACAUAUGAUGGUUGAAAUUAGGAUUUGGUGCUUCUUUGGGACCCUUUGGCAAAGACUUUUAACUCAGUACCCAUUUGACUAUGAGCCCGCGGCUUCUCCCCCUCCCCUCAAGAGCUCAUGGACGUUACGCCACUGCUAAACGUCUAAGACUAAAUUGAUUGAUUAAUACCCAGCAAAUAAUAUUAAUUUGGAUGCGUCGCUUAGUAUUUAACUUGCUAACAUUGGGAUUGUUAACUACAGCAGGUAUGUCCAAUAAUCAAUUGUAUUAUUAUUUUAGAAAUAAUUUCCAUGAAAUCGGAUGACAGGAGGCUUAGAUACUUAAAAAGUUAUAGAAACGAUUAGCACUAUAAUAGUAACUACUGCUUGAUAAUAUAUUACAAUUCACAUUCACGGUAAAUCAUUUGCAUUUUUUUUUCUCAUUCGCAUCCAACAGCAAUUACAGGAUAAAUAUGUUUACUUUCUUAUUGUGAUAAGUUUUAUUUUUCAUUUUUUUCACUGAGGCCAAAGUGUGAAUAAUCCGUUGCAUUUAUUCUUUUAAAUAACAAUUCAUAGUUUUGCAAUAUAAGUUAUAUAAUAAUCGCUCUGCUUUUUACAUGCAUCUAUUGUUACAGUUUCGUAUUGUUUAAGAUCGCUGUUACGUAAUGGAGGUAUAUCAAACGCCGUAGCGUUGCAUCGCGGCACAUUGGAGCGCUUUUGUGUCACGCUUUGUAUACAACUUUUUUUAUUGGUUGGUCAAUUAUGUCACGUGACCAUAUAUUCAGAAUAAAAGUACAGUAAGUCAUAUCUCCUAUGUAGUUAUCAUAUGUUCUGUUAAAGUCCUAUAUUCAGAGAUUUCAACCAAUUAUUACACUAUUAAUUACCGUACGUUACAAUCCAUAAGCACUUUGCUUACAAAAUGGCAGCUGAUUGUUGCAGAAGACUCCGAUGGUAUGAGCUGUAUUCAUAUUCAACAACAUUUCGAGAUGACAUCGAACUGUCAAGAGAGGACCUUCUACGAACAGAAAUGGAUGCAGACCACGGAUGCCAUCGUCUAAGUCCAUCAAGUGAACUCAAAUCGUCAUCGGGGGAUGAAUCAGUGUGUGAUUUGCAGCAUUCUGGCACAGAUCAUAUAUACUGUGACUCUGACGAUAUCAGCGUUGGUGUUUCUAGCAUCCUCGAUGAUGAGGACUGUGUGAUAUGUGGCGGCAUCAGUGGUGAUGAGCUGUUAGCCGAGUUCGGAAUGGGACGACUUUGUGCAUCACCCAUUUUGAAAGCUGCAUCGUGUACCGAUAAUGAUCUUGAUGAGAUUGACUACGAUGAAGUAUUUAGCUAUGAUUUCUACGAAGCACCCGCCUAUGGAUCUUCAAAGCUCGCCACUCAACAAUCAUCAGCUACCAAAUACCAGACUAUACAGAAAGUGUCUGCUUACCUGAAGUCAUUGGUACUUAGGAAUAGGCCAAAUUAAAUGUUGCUCUUCAUCUAUUAAUUAUAUUUUCGUACAUAUUUUAAAACACUAAUAAAAGCCUAAUUAAACAGUAUUGAAUUUGCCUAAUCUGGGAGAUACAUAGUCUUGAAUAUCAAAUUGUAUAUAUUGUAUUUUAUAUCUGUUUUUAUACUUGUUUAAUGGACCACAACAAUAAGCCUAUAUGCUACGUCGCUUUUUGGGUGAUGCUGUACUCGAACUAGUUUGAUGUUUAUGUCCGUCAACUUAUGUUUUGUUUUGAGCGUAAUAAAGAACGAAUGAAAAAUGAA